AUUGUGAGGUGUGAGGUCCGAGACAUCACUGGGAGACGAUGGGAGCAAUGUGGAGUCUUCUGUGGGGUUGGUGGACUGCUGGGACUCAGGUGAGCAGCGUCCAGUACGCAGAAGACGGUGACCUGGGUCCUGAGGGCGACGUGGCUGACCCCACCACAGGCCUGACCUUGCGCCACCGAACCGCCAUGGUCCGUACCUGGGACAUGGUUCGACCCGACAUGAAAGUCCACGGGAUCAAUUUCUUUUUAACACUGUUCCGCGCCGAGCCUGAACUCCAGACCAGGUUUAAGGGUUUCGCCGACAAGACAGAAGAGGAACUGAAGACGAAUAAACGCCUUGCUGCCCACGCAUCUACGGUGAUGUUGGCCAUUACGGGUCUCGUGGACAACUUGGACGAUGUGACCUGCCUGGUGGAAAUGCUGAACGCUACUGCCCUCAACCACAAGCGGAGAGGCGUGCCCAAGAAGGACUUCGAG